AUGAUUUCAAUUAUUUCGAUUCCCGGAGGCAAAUUUUUACCGGAAUAUGCGAAAAAAUACGACGAGGAACAUUUUCAAUAUAUUGUUUCACAUAGCUUAUGGCUGGAAUUUUUGUUUUCAAACAUUGGCGCGUUAUUGAACAUUAUUCAUCUGAUUGUGCUCAUCAGAAAAUCAUUAAGAAAGACGUCAAUCAAUAUUCCAUUGAUUGGAAUUGCAAUUUGUGAUUUUGUGUGUAUGGUGGUGAUUGCGAGAAAUGGAUAUUUGAUAUUUAGUUUGAUGAAUGAAUGUACCCCUCCAAGGUCAUCAUCCAAGCUCGGUCUAGACUGGUUUCUUACUUCCGUACACAACGCAUUACGCAGAUGUUCCGCUUGGCUCGGUACGCUAUUGACUGUCAUCCGAUAUUUCAUGAUUUCUAACAUCUCCACACGUACAACUCAUUUUUCCACUCCAAAGUUUGGAUUUCAAACCACAACGUUCACAUUUUUCAUCAGUUUCAUUUUCACUCUUUUAUUCUACUCAAAAAAAGAUAUUCAAGAAGUUAAUACAUGGUAUCCAGGACCCAGGUGUCAAAUGGAAAAUAUAUCGUAUCCAGUUUUCAAACAAAAAAUUAAUCAAUUUUCUGAUUUCAACAAUCCCAAUAAAAAUCGGACCACAAUUCUUACAAUUUACAUUUCGUUGUUAUUUUUCCUCUCUGAGUUUCCGGUUGGAAUAAUCAGAAUUUGUAAUGCAAUCUGGAUGGAUGAUUAUCGGUAUAAAGAGUUUUCCCGGAAUAUUGUAUUUCUCUGUGACGCCAUGUUCUCCAUUAACGCUUCUAUGCACUGUUUACUGAUCUUCACAAUGUCUUCCCAGUAUCGAGAAGCUUUUUGGGGUGUUAUAAAUUGCUUCAAAAAGAACACUAGACACAUUGCGCCAGCCACAUCUACCAGACAAUAA